GCGCUUCCCGCCGCCUCCCGCAGCAAUUACCGGGAGUGAGGAGCCGCAGGAGCCCUCGGCAGGCGCCGGAGCCCCGCUCCCGGCAGGAGAGGAUGAGGUGAGAUCACGGUCGGCUUGAGUCCAGCGAAGGCGCGGACAGCAGCAGGGCAGUGGCUGCCUCAGAGCUGCGGGAGAAAUCUACAGAAAGUUUCUUUCCCCAGGCAUUGCAAUACAGUCUAGCACAGGACACACAGAGAGCAGAGCGCACAGACCCAGCCAGUACCGUUUAACUCCAUUUUAAGUCUACCGAGUAACUCUUACUGCUAAAAGACUUAUUUCUUGCAAAGAUAAACCUGCCUGUGAGAUCCUCGUGAAGAGCUUGUUGGCAGCAAUGGCCAGUCGUGGCUUCUGAGCUCCCCCUCCCGUGCUUUCAUCAUAUUUACUGUCAGCCAGUCACCUGGAAGGUGCGUAGAGCAGCGCAGGGAGUAUUUUAAUGCCACGGUGAAACCGAUUUGCUGGUGAUUCCGUGCCGUGAUUUCCCCGUUUUCUUGUUCUGAGGACUCUUUCCACCAUGACCUCUUUCGAGGAAGCCGAAACAGAAGAAACAGUGACGUGCCUCCACCUGACCUUUUACCACCCUGGCCAGGAUGAGAAGAUGAUGUUCCGCUGCCUGAAUUUCUGCAAGCGUGAGCAGGUCAGGGCGGACGACGUGGCCAAGUUUGGCCGCGAUUCCAGCGUCUGCCGCUACAACCUGAUGGACACGCGCGUCUCCCGGAUCCAGUUCUCCCUGCAGUUCUACAGGAAGCUCCAGGCCUCGGAAUAUGGUUUUGAGAUAAAGAACUUGAGCAAGAAAACAAAACUGACCGUCAACCAAACAGAACUGGGUUACUUAAACAAAACCGACCUGCCCUGGAAGUGCAUCAUCUCUUUCGGGGACUACCAGAUCCUAGCAGAGAUUCAAGAAGGGGAGGCCAUGGAUUAUUUUGAGACUCACUUACACUUGGCUGAAGCACCAAUCCUACAAGAAAGGUGCCUGCCAUGCCUGCCAUCCCUGCAACCUAUACCCGAGAAUGGUGUUUCUCCUUCCUAUUUUCUUUCCCAAGGAAAAAGCCCCACAGAGAUGGAUGAAAAUGAGCUGUGAUAGCGGGGAGAAGGAGGCUGGGUCAGGUUUUGCGGCCUGCACAGCUUCCAGUGUAGACAGCUCUCACCUCAGCCCGCUGUUCUUGGUGCUGCUCACUGACUGCUGCACAUCGGUCUUCUUGGUGUUUUCAGCACAGGCAUUCCAGAGCACUGUUCCACAGAAAUGGAUUCUUGUCUUCACUGAGGCCUGAGGGCUCUCCGAUGCCCUGUGGGAGACAGGGGGUCACUCAAAUCCAUGGCAGCAGGUUCAAUGCCAGAAAGCGUGGCCACGUGCCUCGAAGGGAUAUUUCACAGGCAUUAAAACAGAGUGUGCACAGCAGGGCUUCGGUCCCAGCCAAGGGGUGACGCAAUGUUUUGUUGCAUGUUAUAGUUUCUGCUUUGCUGUGGACACCAAACUCCAAAACAGUAUUUGCAAGCCUAGGUUGUAACUUGACAGAUUUUGCAACUUAGAAACACUUUGUCCUUUUAUGUUUUUAUUAGCUUCAAAGCAAGGUUUGUUUUUUUUUUUUAUUUUUACUUACUGGACAUAUAUAUAUAUAUGUGUAUAUAUUUUUUGCAAGUUAACUUGUUACUUUUGCUUGUGAUGUAGACAAACAUGUAGCAUC